AUGGCCUGGGCUGGUCUGGACGAUACCACUGAGAUCCCGGAUCAGUCCUGCUGGAGCCAGAAGAGCAGCCCCAGCCAAGGUGGGAAGGAGGCAGGGACGCAACAGCCUGUGGUGAUUCUCUUGGGCUGGGAUGGCCGCAGGGACAAGAACUCUGCCAAGUACAGCGCCAUCUACCCUGAACGGGGCUGCAUCAAGCUGCUGGGGCUACUCUUUGAUUAUGAGAUUGAGAGGGAGCCCCGGCUCCUCCACGUCCUCAGCAGUGCUGGCCUUAUGCUGUGCCGCGGCUCGCUGGAGCUCCUGUGGGCCCCUCUGUGCUUCUGCCACCUGCCUAUGGUGGGCACCAUUUUUGACAGUGGACCUGGUGAUAGCAACCUGGUAGGGGCCCUGGCGGCCCUGGCAGUCAUCCUGGAUCAUCAGUCGGCCUUGACGCACCUGUGGCUCCUGGUGACCUUCACCCCGGUGGCAGUUCUGUUCCACAUCCUGCUUGCUCCACUCACUGCCCUCUUCCACACCCCCUGCUUUGACGAGCUACAGAAUGCAGGCUCCCGCUGGCCUGGACUCUACUUCUCCUCGAGGGCAGAUGAGGUUGUCCUGACCAGGGAUGUGGAACGCAUGGUGGAGGCACGCCUGGCCCACCUGGUACUCUGUGGACUCUGUGUCAUCUGCACUUGUCAGCCACUUCUGUGA